GUCUUGUCAAAUUUCUGGACAACACAUCUUCCUGGUCAUUGUUUAGAGAACUUACAAAAUUGGCAAUGCCAGACUCGGAUGUUAUGUGUGUUCUUUGUAAACAAUCUCAGCCUAAGACUGACAAUGACAUUAUCGUUUGUGAUAAAUGUAGCCGUGGCUAUCACCAAUUGUGUCAUCAGCCUGAAAUAUCAAAACCAGAGUCAGGUAGAGAUAUUCACUGGAUAUGUAGAAGGUGCACAGAUAGUCAGCCGCGUACGCGUGAAUCUUGCGAGCCAAAAAAUUCUAUGGUUAAAGCAAGCAUUAGAAAAGUUUGCAGCGGUAGGGACCAACCUCAACCACCACCAGAUGACAUGACAAAAUUGCCAUAUGAUCCUGAUAUGUUAAGUUGGGAUAAUCAUCACAGAGUGAACGCUGAACAAAUUUAUUGUUACUGUGGACUAAAUGGUGAAUGGUAUGCACAAAUGUUACAAUGUGGUCGUUGUAGACAAUGGUUUCAUGAAAAGUGCAUCAGGUGCUUAACUCAUCAUUUGUACAGUGGUGAUAGAUUUUAUGUAUUUGUUUGUUCAAUGUGCAAUCAUGGGAAAGAAUUUAUUCGGCGUUUAGAAAUGAAAUGGGUAGAUCUGGUGCACCUGAUGUUGUACAAUCUGACUGUUUAUAACGCUAAAAAGUAUUACGACUUGGACACUGUUCUUAUACCUUACGCAAAUGACAACUGGUCGACCUUACAGCUUCCAACACGGAUUAAAAAUGUCAGUCUCGAUGUACGUAGGCAAUCAAUAUUGACAGCAUUGACAACUAAUAGAAACAGGUUUAAAUGUGGUAAAGAAAUAAAAAAGCGCACUACAAUAUGGGGUCUCCGUGUCAGACUGCCACCACCUUCUCCGUUUAUCAGUUUACCAAUAUCUGGUGAAAUAGAUGAUUCUGUAUUACGUAGAUGUUGGGCUGGUAAUAAAAGACUGCAAUACCUUCCUCCUUCAAAAGAUCCGGUGAUUUUGCCAGAAAUUACAAAACAAUUGAUUGCGUUAAAACAAAGGGUGUCAGAGAAUGUAGAAAUACCUGUGAGUCCUACACUUAUAGCAAUGCGAGGUACAAUUUAUCAAAAUUCGGAAGCAGAGCAAAGUUCAUGUCCAAGUCCACCUCCAUUAACUGAAUCCAGUCAAUCGAUAGAAUCUUUAAGAAACAGAUAUUGCAACAUAGGCGGCGGUUUUGUAAAAAAGUCAUUCCCAUUUCCUAAGUUGAGUGUACAAAAAAGACUUCGUCGUCUAUUAGCAUUAAGCAAUUCACGAAGAAUAUUACGUAAACAGAAGAAAAGAGUAAAUGAAGGUAGUAAGGAAAUAUCAUUGGAAGACAGAGAAGCAAGAUACAGAAAAGCAAGAAUAUUAUUGAAGAACGCCAUUGCCAAAGUAAAGGAAAGGAAGAGCAAACCACAGAGCUCAGAAGCAUCCGAUUUACCGCCAACACCUCCAACUUCUGUUUCUGGACCGCCAACACCACCAGCUACAACAUCAGACACAAGUGGAGAUGAAACCAGUUCAAGAGGAACUCUUGAUUCUUUUAUUCCACUACCCAAAGAUUUUGAAGGAAAGAAUAAUCCAUUCAGUGAUUUAGUGGGCACGCCUUGUAGCAAUCAGACAAAUGUACACCAUUCCUCAAGUACACCGUUACCUUACAAUCAGUGUCCCAUUACCUUGCCUCUGCCACUGACGCCUGUGAUCUCGCAACCGCCAGUGGUACGUCCAGCCAAAAGGCAGUUAUCGGAAAAGGACAUUAUCAUUGAUAGAAAUGGGCAAGUAAAACGUAGAAGGCAACAUCGACGAGGACGACCACCUGUCCAACAGCAAGUCCAGCAACAAUUUCAGCAUACUGCUAGCAAAACGGCAACUAUUAUACCGGCUCGUAAUAAUGAAAUUAAAAGUGAAUUUGCCAGGAAUUUAAGAAGUUCAUUUAAUGGUGCCUCGAGCAGUGCAAAUAGUCAAAUUGGGAAUUGUGUGGAUUAUGCCUUAAAUGGUAGGAGGUUGAGACAGCGGCAAAGUAAUGAUAAAUUACCUCCCCCCGAUCCGCAACCACAAAGAAAGAGCAGUAUAUCUUCAUCUCCAAAGUGUUCGCCUGUAAAGCAAAGUGCGCCUGACAUAUCUCUGGAUGAUUUGAAAUCUUCGGUGAAUAUUUACUUCGGUGCAGCUAAUAGAAUAGCUGCUGGUGAAAAGUUUGUCAUCAAAGCGAAGAGGAUAGGGCCAAACGGUCAGACACAAUACCUCAUCGAAUGGGAGGGACUCAAUACUUAACGGUAAAUAAUCCGCUUACUACGAAUAUAUUACGCAAUCGUAUACAACUUUUAAGUUCAAAUCAAGCGUAAGAUGGCGAUCACUUCCUCGGCAUUUUAUAAUCAAUUCUUUCGAUUUGCUUUUACGGCAAAAUGAUUGUGAUCGAUUGUUUUGCGUUACAUGCA